UUCAUUCAUUGUGCCAACAUGGGGGGUGCAUCGAAUGAUUCGUCUUCGUCUACAACAAGAUGUGGAGUGUUUGAGCUCAGCAUCUUUGUAGCCGCUAUUGUAUCCGGCACGGCCUGUUCCAUUUGUUCGAAGACCAUGAUGGAAUUACACGGGGUUGGGAUCGACGGCACAAUGGAGCUGUUCACCAAGCCAAUUUUCCAAACGUUUGGUAUGUUUGUUGGUAUGAUGUUUGGUCUGAUCAUGCACUGGGCUGUUUUGGUAUUGAAAAUUCCGUUUCCUGGAUACGAGCACACCAGUGCGUUGGACAAUGACCAGCGGCCUGGUUACAACACUACAAGCACGAAUUACGGAGCAAUCCAAAGUGAAAAAGACCAGCUUCUUGCCAGUCAAGCAUCCACUGCAAGUACCUCCAAUGCUACACCGGUCUGGAUGUACUUCUUUCUGAUCAUCCCGUCUAUUUUCGAUCUGGGAGCUACGGCUCUCUGUAUGAUGGGUCUUCGCUAUCUAGACGUCAGCAUAUAUCAGCUAUUGCGUGGAUCGGGAAUCAUAUUUGUGGCACUCAUGAAGCAGCAUGUGCUUGGAGACCGCCUUUUCUUUUUCCAAUGGCUCGGCGUUUUUUGGAAUGUUGUCUCCGUUAUUCUCGUUGGUGCGACUGCAAUUCUUAAUUCCAAUGACGACGUAGAUUUGGACCCGAACGAUGCAUUUUGGGGAGUAGCACUCGUCAUGGCGGGUGCUUUCGUACAAGCCCUUCAAUUUGUUUUUGAAGAAAAAGUGAUGUCCAUGGAAGAUGCAGCGGCCCCGCCGCUACUGUUGAUCGGAAUGGAGGGGUUUUGGGGGACCUUGCUCUGUCUAGUUGUCGUAUAUCCAUUAGCGUACUAUUUUCCUGGGGAGGAUCAUGGCUCGUAUGAAGAUCCUUUCAAUACAUACGAAAUGUUCAUGAACUCAAAUACGAUUCAGUGGAGUUUUGUCAUUUAUUUCUUCACCAUUUUUGCCUACAAUUUAUUCGCAGUUUUGGUGACGUUUAUGCUCAAUAGCAUCUGGCACGCAAUUUUGGAUAAUUUCCGCCCGAUCACUGUAUGGUUGACGGACCUCAUGAUCUUUUAUGUCAUUACCGAGACAGGAGACUUUGGAGAGCCCUGGACGAAGUUCAGUGUCGUCCAGCUUCUCGGUAUGUUUGUUCUUCUGUACGGAACAGCAAUCUACAAUGCUCCUAACGCGGGUUCUCUUAAAUUGGAGGGCCAGUGGUAUAGCUUUGGUUUCAAUCUAAGAGGUGAAUACGAGGAGAUCGAGUUGGAAAUCCACGAGGAAGAGCUGAAUCGGGAAUGGGAAGAACGUCAACAAAACUUCAAGGCUCGUCGGACGAGUUCUCUUGCCGAGCGUUCUCCGCAUACGUCCAUUCAUACGCAAGCCUUGAGGGGUUUUGCUUCGCCGAAGAUAUAA